AUGAUAGCUGCUCCUACCAAUUCUGGCUUCGUCCUUCAUGACGAUCCUGCAACUCCCCGGACUGACGCAACCAUCUCCUUCCGAGAUAUUCUCCCUGCCUCCGACCAUCCGCGAAUUGCUGGCAUCGACAAGCACAAUUCGCACACCUGGUGUCAGUCGCGUCGUGAGGUUCCGGCGCCGGCAUGGCUCAUCAACCGGCUUGACGUGAAAAAUAUAGAGAGACCAUACAAAGGAUUUUCGUCUGAUGGAAAGCCUGACCCGACAAUUUUCCGUUAUGAGCAGGACGAAGGGGCACCUGUAGAAGCAACGGUGCGAGCGGUGCAGAGAUUGCUUGAUGCUAUCCCAGAAGAUACUAAAAAAUCGUUGAUAAAAGGAGAUGUCACCACGGACGAUGAAUUCAGAGCCUGGUCAAAUCCUGAGCUCUACGUCAACGCAGGCGGUAUUCGACUGGAUGAAACUAGCAGUGAAAUACAGAAUCUCGUCCACGAUGUGCUUAAGGCGUCCCUUUCCCAAGAUGGCUAUCGCAAAGCGCUUGGCUGCACCCUCACGAACCAUUUUCUCGGCGAAUUGAUCAACGGUCUUUCGGUGCUUAACAAGCACUCGUAUAACUUUCGACUGUUCCUACCAGAAGACACUAAAGCUCCAGAUCUAGCACGACCUUGGGGAUACUCGUUCUUCGGCCAUCAUCUAUGCCUAGCCGUCUGCUUUGCUGGCCCGAGAAUGGUCAUUGGGCCAACGUUCAUGGGAGCUGAACCGGACAGAAUUGAUGUUGGCGAAUACGAAGGAUUGAGAUUGUUCAGCCAGGAGGAAAUUCGAGGGUUGAACUUGAUGAGAGAUCUUAGUUCCGAGAACCAAGCCCGCGCACAAAUCAGCGAAGGAAUGGAUUGUCAACACGGCCUGCCCGAGGACCGAUGGAAUCCACAUCUCGGUGGAGCGCACCAAGAUAACCGCACUGUACCAUUCGAGGGCUGUCCGAUCUCCUCUUUCACUGCUGAGCAGAAAGACGAGGUAUAUGCAAUUAUCCAGGCUUUCAAUACGUACCUCCCAGCGGAUCCCCUCAAACAUUAUAUGGCUCGAAUAAAGGCUUUCGAGGAUCAGACCUAUUUUGCUUGGAUAGGCAAGUAUGGCCUGGGGGACCCUUACUACUUCCGUAUUCAUUCGCCAAUAACUUUCUGCGAGUUCGAUUUCCAUUGUGGAAUAUUCCUGACCAACACCUCGCCCGCUAAAUGCCAUAUUCACACCGUCAACCGAUUGCCAAACUGUGGAGACUAUGGCAAGGCAUUGAUCCGACAAUGGGAGAAGGAGGAGGGGUCAAAAUAA